UUUUAUGACAAAGAUUUCAGCUAAUAAAAAUCUAGAAUUUUAUUAGAUAAACGAUUAUUAUCUUAUGAAUACCGUUAGAUGACUACGCAUUUGAAGUUAUAGUCUUGGCAACACUGGUAGCAGGUGAUUAAUCGCCGCUACUGGUCGAUGCGAGGAACUAAAAUACAAACUCAAUUCUAAAUGUGUAUUUAAACUUCGUUGUUUUUCCAAACGUGAAAAUUUCACGUUAUAAGCAAUGAUGUGGAAAACAUCAGUUGUCACCGCGUCAGACCGUUUAUUUCCCGGUUUGGCAUAUCACGAUCGAAAAAAGGAAUUUUAUGAUAUAGGAAAUCAGAUACAAUCCAAUUUGCCCCUCCAAAUGGCAUUGUAUUUUAAUGUAUGGAUGUAUCCCGUAUGGUUUUUUGUAAUACUUAUCAAUUUAGAUGCAAAAUACUAUUACUUGACAGAUGUAUACAAAUUUAUAACUGUAGCCGUAUUUAUUAUUAUAUCAGUAUUGGAAGGUAUACGGCUGUAUUUGGGAUAUCUUGGAAACCUAGCAGAGAAGAUUCCAGAACUGGCAAGCUUUUGGCUGAUAUCUACUCUCAUACAUUUUCCUUUAGAGAUGUUCCUUCUUUUCGAUAGCAAAACCAGACCUCAUUUUAGCGAAACAAUUACUAACAGUAUCAUGGCGUUUCUGCUCGUUACAGAAAUUAUAACAGCUACUGUAGCUUUAAAAAAGUCGGCAGACCAUCAUGCUAAAAGGUUUUAUGUCGCACAAUUAUAUGGGAUUGAUGAUAGUAGACGUUAAUUGAUAUACAUUUAUUGCUUUUAAUUUAACAAUAAAAUAUUGCAUUAUUAAUAUAAUGCUAAAAGACUUAAUGGCUGCAUUCGGAAACGUCGCUCG